AUGCCGUAUUUUGUUGGCCAGAACUUUAAAAUGAUUGUGGUGUCUCUGCUGGGAUUCAUCCUCUUCUGCAUCACCAGAGUGCCUGAUGAGAGAGCGUCGGCUCAAUUUAUUGUAAAGCUCCUGUACUUCUUCCUGUGCACGAUGGGGCUGGUCAUUUCCGCAGUGGUCAUCGCCUUCCAGUGCUACCAUUACGCCCUGACUAACAGCUACAGCUGCAAGGAAAUGGGGGAGCAUUGUAUGUGCACCCUGGACCCUGAGGAUCCCAUCGCCCGCACUUUCUCCUACAGCGGUGUGACAGACUGCAGUGCCAUCGUAAGCACUCUACCCAUGUAUUACCUUCUGCAGAUGGUGCUGAACCUGGCUCAGGCUAUCGUCUGCCUGGUGGGGGCCUUCCUCUUAUGGAAGCACAGGUACCAGGUGUUUUUCGCUGGGCUACAGACGGGAUCUCCUUCUGCCCAGAAUUGGCAGAAAGUUUAGGGCACUGAGAGAUUUCUCUGGAGAAGUAAACGUGUGGAGCGUGGGAGUGUUUGCUGCAAUAUUUUAUGCCAUGUGACCUUUUAUCAAAGCAGCUGAAUGAGUCUGCGUUUGUAUUGCCAUAUUAUAAUAUUUUGGAAAGUUUUAUGCAACCUUUAGCAUUAUUGUAUUUUUCUACAUGAAAAUUUCCGCUUGUCGAGGUUAACUUUUUACUUUUACCAUUGCCAAGGAGAGUAUUUUUAUCUAUGAAACCAGUAAGUGACGCAAAACGAGGCCUGACAUUUUAGGAAAAUGAGCGACACAAUCUGUUGUUGUGUUUGUUCCUGUUGUGGCAAUGGCAUGCCUAAAUUUCCUUUAAUUGCCAGCAUUAAAUUUUGCUUAGUCAAAAAACCCAAAACACCUUAAAAUGCAAUUAUUCACAAAUGUACCUUUUUUCUAACUUCAGGUGCAUUCAUUGUUUCUGAGACAAAAUCCCUGGUUGUUCAAUUACUGUUGGGAUUAUUAAAAUAUU